AUGUCUCAAGCUCAAAGCUCUUCUUCAUCUGACUCAGACUUAGAUAAUGAUUCAACUGAACUGAAACUGUACCGAGCUUUUAUAUUCUCUGUUCCAAUUAUAUUCACUUUGAUUCUCCUUUUUCUUUUCUAUCUUUUCUAUCUUCGACCACGAAGGGUUGAUUUGUCUUCAUUCAGGAUGAUGAGAUCUUUCUCCGUUCCACACAACAAUGCCAUUUCCACGUCUGAUUUGGGGUUGAAGAAAGAAUUGAGAGAGAUGCUGCCUAUUAUUGUAUACAAGGAAAGCUUCUCUGUCAAAGAUACACAAUGUUCAGUAUGUCUUUUGGACUACCAACCAGAGGACAGACUCCAACAGAUACCCGCAUGUGGCCAUACGUUUCACAUGAGCUGCAUUGAUCUUUGGCUUGCCAGCCACAACACCUGCCCUCUUUGCCGUUUGUCUCUACUAACUACUGCUAAAUCUGUGACAGAAACAUCGGAUAUGCAGGCGACGAGCAAUGAACAAAUGCAGAUGCUGCAAAGCAAUGUAGAAACACUAGCCAUGGAAAUCUCUGACUCAAGAUCUACAAGGCAUCAAGAAACCAAUGUAAUCCAGAAUGUCACUGGAGAAGUUGCGAUCAGUGCUCACCGGAUUGAUGUUGAAGGCGAAAAUGUGCAAAACAAUCAAUAGAAGCAUGAAAAUAUGAGAUUCUUUCUGAUCAGAUUGGAUUUUCAAGCAUCACAUGUGACAAGGAGAGAGGGAAGGCCACAAAUAGUAUGAGCAAGGUUUUGAACAACGGUCGCGGUUAGUUGAGGAUUUCAUGAUUUUGAGUGUCACGGAGGCUAUGUUACGGAUUGCAAUUAUUGCAGUGUGAAUUAAUCACAACAAUGCACAAAUCUUAUUGAAACUAUGUGCACUAUCAUCUAAUGUAUAAUAAUAGUCAAUAGAUGAGAGAAUUUCAAAACUAAAGAAGAAAGUAAGGUACUCUUUAGAUAUACUGUGACAAGAAUUUUUAUGAACGACGUUGGUUACCGUCGUUUUAUAUAAUUUUUCUUCACUACAUUAAAAACUAGGUAUAACAUUUAUAAAUGUCGUCAAAUACUAUUUUGUUGCGGCCA